AUGCGUUGUAUUGGGGGUAUCUGCAGUUAUUUUAAUACACAUUGGGUUAGGCAGCAGUUUGAGAAUGGACGACGAGAUAUUUAUGAAAUAAAAUCAUUAGGUUUAAUAUUAUGGGACAAUAUAUUGUUUAAACCAUUAAAUAAACGAUUAACAUGUAUUUGUCUUGAUUUAAUAAAACGUGAAAGAAAUAAUGAAUUGAUUGAUAGUCAACUAAUCGGAGAUAUGCAAAAUUACCGUUACCUUCAACGUAGUUCCAUCGAUGAAUUGAUGACAGAUAGUCAAGAAAUAGAAAUAAAUAAUACAUUCAAACUGAUGAAUGAUUCUAUGGCAAAUAUUCAAGUUCCGAUACUGAAUACUCAUCAAAAAACAUUUGAACAAGGUUAUUUAUCUGAUACUGAAACUUUCUGUCGAUCUGAAUCAAUAGAUUAUCUUAAAGAUAACCAUAUUGCUGAUUACUUGAAAAAGGUCGAUAGUCGUUUAAAGGAAGAAAUACAUCGUGGACAAUUGUAUUUACACAAGUCAACGUUACCGGAUUUAAUUGCUAUAUGUGAAAAUGUUUUAAUAAAAGAACAUUUAGAUGAUAUUUAUGACCGAUGGAAACCAUUAUUAUCAAAUGAAAAUCAUGAAGAUUUAAUUCGUUUAUUUAAGUAUGUUGGACGAAUAUCAAAUGAAAACCGCUUUAAGUCUGAAACAGAAAAUUAUAUUUGUCAACAAGGUUUAGAAUCGAUUCAAAAAAUCAGUAAACAAGUAAGAAUAAUUAAAAUCAAAGUUUUAUGUAGUUCAUUGUGACCUAGUCAGUUGUUCACUAGCCGACAAACAAAUUUUUGUUUUUCAUUGGUAAAAACAUUAACCUGCAAUUAAUUUAGGCUUAUUUUUCGAGUGCUGCAUUUAGCAAACGUACUGCGGCUACUAACAGUUUCGGACUAGCCUGAGUCAGUUCCUAUCAGUGAUAAUACUCGGACAAGAAUUUACCGUCGUAUUAUUAUGUCAGUACUUUAUGGUAUAUUUUUGUAAAUGAGAAAAUGUCCCAGACAUUAGUUCAUUUGGUCGCAAUAUUUUAAUCAAAUCUUAUUAUAACCUUACCAAACUAAAAUUUUUAAAUAUUAACAAUAUCUUAACGAAAUAUUAAUAAGGUCUUAAUAAUGGACGAUCAAUUUGUUUCUUGACAAUUCGGCUCUUUUGUCAAAAGUAUAGGUUUUCUAUAAGGUAUCGAGUAUUUCGUGACUGAUUCUCGCGACUUAAUAACCAGCAUCAGCAGGCAUAGUACUGUGUGAUAUACGAUAACCAUCAGCUGAUUUCACUUGAUAUUAGCAAGAAUUCAAUCGUCAAAGGUCUACGGUCAGCUUACAUGUCCAUACACGGAAUCAGCUUCAUCGAUUACAUAUAUUGAACAUCUUUGUUCAUUAGGCUACGUUCAAGCAAAAGUUUCCUUUCAUCCACAGAAAACCUAUACUUUUCACCCAGGAGAUGAAUCAUCCGUUUUAUGUGAAUAGACGGUGUAUCCGCGAACGAAUUGACCUAGUACCGGUCUGAACGAUUUUAAAGAUGUUAUGAAAUCAUCGGUGGCAUGAGUGUAAAAGGAAGGGACCGCAUAAGGUUAAGAAUCGACCCACUCUCUUUUGUGACCAAAAAUGGCUCCGAAUGUACUAAAACAGUGCCUUUAUUCGAUUUUGGGUAAAAAAUCACAUACUUUUGUCCAUUAAAAUCCAGUUAAUUCCUGUACAAUAGCAUCCCAAUAAGCAUCGUCAAAACAAGCCCUGUAUGAUAAGUAAAACACAUUUUCUUCAACCAUCUUACACUUAUGCGGCUAACAAAAUGCACCAUUAGAUAGCCCGUGAAAUUCUCUACAAACACAGCUUGUCAAAAUAUCUGGACUGGCAGGACCAGUCAUCACAGACAUACAAAAGAAGCAUUGGAGUUCAGAAAACAACUUGAAAAGACUUCUUUCAUAAUUUUUUCUAUCAAAAUAAAAAAUUAGACUGGUUUGAUGCUUUCAGCGUUACUAUAAAGAAAUCCAAAUCGAAUGAUAUUGAUAAUCCUUCAUCAUUGGCUCGACGUUCCGUACCCGCAACAAUAAUACACUAAUAUACUAAGUCCUCAAAAUGACUUAAACAGAGAAAGAGUAACUAUAUUUUCACAUUCAUUGUCCUUAGACACUAACCUUUUCCAAACCAUUUAUGUUGUAAUAGUCUGUAUCAGCCAAUGAUGAAGGAUUAUCAAUAUCAUUCGAUUUGGAUUUCUUUAUAGUA